AUGAAUGACGCAAACGGGCAGGCCAGGCCAAGCAACGGCCAACAAACAGAUAACAAUGAUUCUCAUCAGCUUGCCGAAGAUGUUCGGCAGCGAGCCUUGGAAGAGGCCGAGGAUUCUAAAGGUGAUGCAUGGGCAGAGAGCGAGCGUGAUGCUAUGCUAGAGGAUAUGGGGAUUGAUUUGACGGGAAUGGAUGAGUAUUUUGACGAAUACAAUGAUGAAAUGGAGGGCGACGCGGGCGCAGAGAUGGAUGCCGACCAUGUUGGACUUCUGAGGGGCAUCAAUCGAAUCACGAUUGAAGAAGUGGAAGUGAAUGGCAUGAAGAAGAAGAAAUUCAAGUUUGACGACCUCGAUAUCGAAGACCAUUUUGACAAUACUGAUCCAUACGAGACGUCGAAAGCAAUGGAAUCUCGCCUUGAUUAUACUGGAAGAGAUCUCAUCUCAGUGCUAUGCCAGCACGUUGAGCUUGCUGUCGAGCUGGGCAAGCAUCUCAACGGCAGAGACGCGCUGAACCUCUGUCUCGCAAACCGUGCCUUUUACAACGUCGUCAACGUCUAUCUUCUUUCUAGCAUCCGCACAUGGAUUGAAUACAGGGCGCCGGAAGCAGGACGCAUUUUCCACUACCAGCUCUACGCCAGGCAUCUCGUUGACGAUCCGCAGAGAAGAACUUGGAUGGCUUUGAAGCAGGGCAUGACCACGUCGCCGAACAAAGACAGCAAGAUUCGCAAAGUGCCUGGAUUAAAGUAUCUGCAGCUGGUACUGGGCCGGGACAAGUACUGCAAGGAGAUUCUCGCCAUCAUGGCUCGAUGCGGUCAUCGCAUGCCGACGACGAUGCAUCACUCGCUGCUGCGGCUUUGGCUUCUCAUGGACAUUUCUACAUCUCACCAGAGGCAGGCAAUGUUACGAAUGACGCACCUAUUUAAGGAUAUUGAUCUCUACAACAUGCAAAUGUUCAUCAUCAAGCUCGGCAUGCUCUUCAACGACCCCGUCUAUGGCCCUUGCAAAUACGACCUGGUGCAACUUAUGCUGGGCCAGAAAGGUCUUUACAAACUAUGGCAGCUUCUUACCCACAAGAAAUUCAAUAAGCUUUCCGACAUACUAGAGCUCAAGCUGCGCUAUGACUUCGAUUUUUUUAGCGAAGGCGGCUACUGGUUGGAAAAUAUGCUGAGCCAGAUUCAGGGCAUACCACUCCAGGAAGUUGGCCAGCAGCACAAGGAGGGCUGGGGAGCAGGCCGAGCACACCUUUUGCGGCCGGACGAAGUUAUACCUAUAGAAGCUGUCCGCAGGGGGCUUCAACUCGAUGAACACCUGAGCCAAAUGAUGGUUUGGGGAUACUUUGAUUGGAGGACGGGAGAGAACAUUGUGCCCUCUAUGGAAGAGAUGUAUAUCGAGGAUGAAGACGGCAUUCUUGCAAACGUUGAUACGCUUGAGCACUGGAAGCCAAGGCAUGUUUUGAAGAAGCGCUGGUUCGACCUCACCCCCGAGCAGCAGGAUGAGAUCCUGUCUGAUGAAGAGGACGAGCGGCUGCGUGCUCAAGCCUGGUGCGGUAACUCGGACGACGAUGCCGGCAGUUUGGAGGGCGUCUCUGAUUCUGAUUCUGAUAAAUCUCUUGACCUCGACGAGGAAAUCAACCGCGGCUUCAUCGUACCUCCUCAGCCCAGAGAUCACGAAUCUACAGUGCCCGAUGUUGAUAACAUGCAGGGUUGGAUAGAUUUUGUCAACGAGUCCAUAUUGGGCGGUAUACCCGUUGACCUCGGAGAAGACGAGAAAAUCAGGGCUCAGGCUUGGGGCUCGUAUCCAAACCACGAUCCAGGAGAGGAUUGGGGUUGGGAUGAUUUGAUCAGAGAGAGGCGAAAUCGACCCUCGCAACAGCAGCAGCGUGGUGUGACAUCUGAAUCACAGGAUGAAGAAGAUUUGGAGGACGAAAUGGACGAUGAAAUGGAGGACGAUACUGAAGAUGAAUAUGAAGGAGAGAGCGAUUACGAUGAUGCUGGUGGUGAAGAUGAUAUGGAGAUUGAUUAUGACGGAGAAGACGAGGGCGAUGAUAAUAUGGCUGUAGCUUAG